UUGGGUGCCCCUGCCGCCCGACAGGAAGAAUUUUUAGAUGGAUCUGAUAUGAAACGAAUUAGAUCAUGGUCGCAGCCGCGGCGACAGCGACCGCAGCGAUCGAGUACACGACAGGGAUCGCUGACGAUGGCACUGUGGUCGUUGGAGCACGCGUUGUAGGCUUCUUCGUCGUGGGCUCUUCCGUGGGUUCAUCCGUCGGGAAGGGGGCUUCCGUUGUAAUGACGUCGGUCGUCGGCACGGAAGUGUUAGUGUUGUUGGCGACGUUCGUCGGACGGGGCGUUGUCACCUUGGUAGUAGUCUUGGCAGUGGUUGUCGUGGGGGUCUUGGUGGUAAUUUCAUCGUCGUCCUCUGGGGCAGUAGAGGUGGGGGUGGUGGCAGUGGUGGCGGCAGGAGUCGUCGUCGGCAGGUCUCCAAUCGCUUGGACUUUUGCGACAACCCAUCCCUUGAAGUCGAGUUGGAGCAACGUCUUGAGCGGCACGUUCCACCAUUCGCAAUUGGCCGUGAUCGUCAACCCCUGAAGCUCCUUGAUGAGAGCGACGCAGUUGGGGUUCGCAUUCGCCUUGGCCAACUGCGAUUCCGUCGGGGUCAACGUGGGGCUCGAGAUGAACUCAGAGAUCGAGAACCCCGCGACUUGCGUGCACGGGAUGGAGUUUGCAGAGCCCUGGGCUGCGGACACAACCACAUUGAUUUGGGACGUGGUGCACUGAAGAGCAGCUGCAGAAGUCGCAACUACCGCGAUGGCCACGGGGGAGACUCGCAUGUGGAUCCAC